AUGCAGAUCUUGUCAACGAUUUGUCCACUCGUUCAUGAUACAUUUAAUGUGAAAUCUGUAUUUAUCACAAGUGAAAAGCGAGAGCCUUUUUUAAUUAUAGCCUCUACAACGAACUCCAUGAGACUGUCUUGGAUAACCAUUUCAUCAAUCUGUAUGGUAGUGAUUGGACUGAUCCAUGGUCAUUCAAGAAGAUUCAUCUUCUAG